AUGCCUUCUCCCUACGUGGUGGAUCAUGACGCCUUACCAGCGUAUGCGCAGCAAACCCCUUUGAUUCGGAGUGGGUACCGCCGUCCAGGCGAUAUGCAUGUCAAGGACGACAGCGAGCGUCCGUACAUACACGACUCGUGGUACAAGUGCUGGAAGAGCGUGUGGCUGUACUGGCACAAUGAAACCAUCAACAUCCACACUCACAUGUGGGGCGCGGUGUUCGCUAUCGCGCUGUUAGCCCUGCAGCUCGCUGACCUGCACCACUGGCUACCAGGCGGACCGUGGUCACUGCUGUCGCUCGACACGCUGCCGCCACCGACGAUCCUCGAGCCAUACCCGCACCUCGGCCUGGCGAUCCAUGGCCGCCCCGAGCGUAUGCAGCCCAGUCGCAGUGACUUGACGGCUCUCUCGAUCUUUCUGCUCGCGGCCAUGACGUGCCUCGGAUGCAGCGCGACGUACCACACGGUCGUGUGUCGCUCGAACCCUGUGGCGCAAAAGUUCAAUCGCCUCGACUACGUCGGCAUUGUGGUCCUGAUUGUCGGCAGUAAUGUGCCUGCGCUGCACUUUGGAUUCCACUGUCACCCGCACCUGCGCACCAUCUAUGUGACGCUCGCCCUAGCCUGGGGCGUGUUGGCUAUGUAUGUCGUGACGCAGCCACAGUACACGGUGCCCAAGUACAAGCCGCUGCGUGCCGGCAUCUUUAUCGCGCUGGGCCUCAGUGCCGUUCUGCCCGUAGUCCAUGGACUAUGGAUUGCAGGCGACUGGCACUUUGUGUCACAGGUCCUGGGCGCUCGUCACAUCAUGUACAGCGGGGCCGUGUACAUUGCGGGCGCCUUGAUUUACGUGGCGCACAUACCCGAGCGGUGGUCGCCGUACACGUUUGACAUCAUCGGUGCCUCACACCAAAUCUUCCACGUGUGCGUCCUGAUCGGCGCAUGGCUGCACUGGCUCGGCGUGCGCCAGGCGUAUACGUUUUGGCACGCACUAGAGACAACGGCGGCAGGCGCCUUUGGACAAGAAGCGGUGUGUGCCGCAGUCCAUGCGGCGAUCGCUACGGGGCAAGGCGCUCAAUAG